AUGGAUAGAGGUGAUGCUGAGCUGGGGAUCCGAGCAGCACUAACUGCUUAUCGGAUCCGAGAAGCAAGGACUUGGAACAUUGAGAGAAACGAACAGGAGCGGCUUGCAGAGGAUAUGGGAGUUGCAAUGAGAUCUGUGAUACGAAGUUGGAAGAAGAAGGAGAAGGAGGAGGAGGAAGAGGGGGUUUAUUCUAUAGCCCCUAGUUUUGCGUCCUUGCAAGUGUUGGUCCAAUGCUUGGCAUCACCGGAGGUUGAUAUUCCGGUCAGUGCUCUUGGCUUAGGACCAGUCAGCCCUGCUGAUAUCAGGAAGGCCUCUAAACAACUGAAACCACAGGUCAUCAUGGCCUUUAAAGUGGAGGUGACUCCAGAGGCGAGUCAACUAGCUGAAGCAUUCCGAGUCAAAAUCAUCUCUGGCGACUCCGUUGAAGACAUGUGCCAACAGUUUAAGGACGAGUUGGGAGAGAAGGAGGAGGCACGGAGUGAUAGCGAUGAAGAAGUCUCCCCGUGCGUUCUCUCCAUCUUACCCAAGUUUGUGCUCAACAAGGAAGACCCGAUUGUCGUGGGAGUAUCUGUAGUUGAGGGUUUAGUUCAGGUAGGGACUCCCUUAUGCGUUCCACGCACACACAGAGGGUUUAUAUAUAUUGGACGGGUUGCAUGGAUUGAGAAGGAUCAGAGACCCGUCGAGGUUGCUAGGGAAGGCGAUACCGUGAUUAUCAAGAUUGUUGAUGCUGACCCCAAAACACAACAAGCGAUGUUGGGAAGGGAAUUUGACGUCGCAGAUGUGCUUCUCAGUCGCAUCCCAAGGAGACAUGUCUACUACCAUUUCAUCAUUCCAAGCUAA